AUGCUAUUUUGCGGGAAUUAGAAACCCUAUCGAGCGGGUUAUAAAUUCGCUCGACGAUGGCGUCGUUGCUGUUCGGCUUCUUUGCUUCGCAGGUGGUGUAAGAUUGCCGGAGAGGGUGGUGUAAGAUUGCACGAGAGGGUUCUUCGGCUCCUUCGUUAUUCUCAGACUUCGCGCGACCACGACGUUCCCUUUGUCCGAUCGAAAUUUGCGCCAUUUGCAUCGGAGGUAAGGACGGGAGCUCGCGUUAGCAUCGUCGUUGCUGUUCGGCUUCAUUGCUUCGCACGAGGUGUGAGAUUGCACGAGAGUCUUCUAGGGCUCCUUCGUUCUUGUUCGGCUUUGCUCCUUCGAACACGUUGCCCCUGUCCGAUCGGAAGUUCCGUCAUUUCCAUCGGAGGUAAGGACGGGAGCUCCAGUUCGCUUCCUCAUUUCUGUUCGGCGUCUUUGCUUCGCACGAGGUGUAAGAUUGCACAAGAGGCUUCUAGGGCUCCUUCCUUCUUGUUCGGUUUUGCUCCUUCGACCACGUUCACGUUGCCUGUCCGUUCGGAAGUUGCGUCAUUUUCCAUCGGAAGUAAGAACGGGAGCUCGCAAUUUUUUAAGAGAGUUCAUCGACUAGAUUACUAUGGGGAGCAAUUGCAGAGAUCAUAGAGUCUAUUUUCGAAGAAUGAUUUCUUCAUUGACUUCUGCAACUGCUCAGGUGCCAAAUUCCUCAACUUCCAAAAUUUCAACCCCACCACCACUUCCUUCCGUUCUAGCAACAGAAUCUUCACCUCCCAAGGCAUCACCAUCUCCACCUUCACUCAGCCAUCCACCUCCAUCUUCUAAAUCUUCCCCACUACCAUCAUUAGUUAAUGGUUCCUCUCCUCACCCUCCACCAUCACCUAAAGAUGGCCCUACAUCCCAAUCACCACCAUGGCAUGAAGUCAAUACACCACCUUCAGCUCCUUCCACCAAUUCCAUGAGGAGCUCAGAAGAGUACAAGCUCAAUGACCAUGUGAAUGUGCAAUUGAUUGUUGGAGUUGCAGCCGGUGUAGGGUUAUUUCUUAUUAUCAUGACCAUAUUGUGCAUAUGUUUCUGCAAAAGAAAGAAGAAACCACACAACUCGAUGAAGUACUAUGCUGAUCCAUCUGGACCAGAAGAUAGUAUGAAUUACACUAGUGGACUACCCCCAAAAUGGCACAAUGGACAACAGGGAAUGGCUUAUGGUGUGAAGGUUCAACCACAUGGUCAGCCUGCAGGAGGAUGGCACCUACAAUCACCCUCUACGAUGAUGAGCAGCAGUGAGAUUAGCUUAGUUUUCUCUGGACAAAAUGCCCCUCCUCUACCCCCUCCAUCUCCUUCAUUAGCCUUGGGUUUCAACAAAAGCGCUUUCACCUAUGAGGAACUUGCAGCUGCCACCAAUAGUUUCUCUCAGGCCAACCUCUUGGGGCAGGGAGGCUUUGGUUAUGUACAUAAGGGGGUUUUGCCAAAUGGAAAAGUGAUUGCUGUUAAGUCUCUCAAGUCAGGAAGUGGGCAGGGAGAACGAGAGUUUCAUGCUGAGGUCGAUACCAUCAGUCGUGUUCACCAUCGCCAUUUGGCUUCUCUUGUUGGAUAUUGUAUGGCUGGAUCACAAAGAAUGCUUGUCUAUGACUUUGUUCCAAAUAAGACUCUUGAAUACCACCUACAUGGGAAGGGGCUUCCUGUAAUGGAGUGGUCCACCAGACUCAAGAUUGCAAUUGGAUCAGCUAAGGGCAUUGCCUACUUGCAUGAAGACUGUCAUCCAAAAAUCAUCCAUCGUGACAUCAAAUCUUCCAACAUCCUACUAGAUUUCAAGUUUGAAGCACUGGUUUCUGAUUUUGGAUUGGCAAAGCUUUCAUCUGACAAUCAUACUCAUAUCUCGACCAGAGUCAUGGGAACGUUUGGAUAUCUAGCACCAGAGUAUGCAUCCAGUGGCAAGCUAACUGAGAAAUCUGAUGUCUUCUCCUAUGGAGUGAUGCUUCUCGAAAUCAUAACUGGGAGGCGACCAGUUGACAGCUCACAUACAUUUAUGGAAGACAGCUUAGUGGACUGGGCAAGGCCAGUUCUUUCCCAAGCACUAGCUGAUGGGAAUUAUGAUGAUGUGUCUGAUCCUCGUCUUAAUGGUAAUUAUGACCCCAUGGAGAUGGCACGUAUGAUUGGAAGUGCUGCUGCUUGUGUUCGUCAUUCUGCAAGGAGGCGCCCAAAGAUGAGUCAGAUUGUUCGUGCAUUGGAGGGUGAUGUAUCGCUCGAAGAUUUGAACGAGGGGAUGAGGCCUGGGCAAAGCACGCUUUUCAGCUCAGGCUCCGACCACGAUACUGAUUUAUAUGCAUCGAACAUGAGGAGAAAUAGAAGGCCAGCAAUUGCUAGCCCAGAGUACAGUGGAGAUUGCAGUGGAUCGAUUGCCGAAUAUGGACAUGGCCGCGAACCUUCGAUAUCAAGCAGCGAGGGAGCAUACUCCGACGAACUCGAUCCCGUCGGUAACAGGCACAGAAUUCCAUCGCUUUGAGCUUUUCCUUAAAUGAGAGCAAAGGUUGUGUCGCCAACCAGUUUAGGGUUUGUAAGAGCAAGGAAAAUUUUGUACUAACGUGUUUGUUGGGGAGUUUGACAUGGCUUCCUCGAUCAUUGCGGGAAGUAAGUGCUUAUCUUUGUUUUUUUUCUUCUUCAUUUUUUGAUUCAUAUGGACAUUCAAAUAUUCAAUGUUUGUUUUAUAUUGUUUCAUAACAAAAAUGAAGGUUAUAGAGUAAAAUAUUAA